UAUGAAGAAUUAUAGUUCUGAAUAAAAUCCUGAUCAAUCAGAUCCAAUAAAUUAUUCUAAUGAUCUUAAAUCAAGUGUGUAAUAGGGAUAUAGACUAUAUUAAAAGAGAUUUGCGAUAUUAUUUUUAUUCACAAUGGCGGAAUUAUGCAAUACAGCAGUCUAUGCUACUUGCAAUCCUAUAGCAGUUGAAGUAUAAACUGUAUAAUUCAAUAAAGUUAAGUUACAUCUAUGGUGAAGACACUUCAAUAAUCACUCUUUCAGCUACUUUGUAUUUAUUCAUGCAUCCAUUAUUUACAUUUCCUGCUAGUUAUUUGAUUAUGUACAAGGGAAGUAGCAUGUCAGUGAAAAUAGGCGCUAUUUUGACUUUGCUUGGAGUCUUUUCGAGAUGUCUUGUUAGAUAGUCGUAAGAAUAUAAAAUUAAUAUAGUUUCAUCUAUGUUUUGAUUGGUUAAACUUUGUGUGGAAUAGCCAGACCAUUAAUUCUGAAUGCUUAAGCUUCAGUUGCAGUUGAAUGGUUUCCAACUAAUCAGAGAACUAAAUUGAUGACAAUGUUGAAUUUCAUAGUCACAUUUAGUGGAAUAUUGGGAUAUAUAAUUCCUCCAAUAUUUUUUGCCGGAGUUUCAAUUGAUGAGAAUACUCCUAAAGAUGUAUUAGAUACAGGAGAUUCAAGAUUUAUGUAUUUGCUAUUUUCAGAAGCAGUAUUUUCUGCAGUAUUCCUAAUACCACUUUUAAUCUUUUUUGAAACAAAACCAAAAAGUCCUCCAUCAGCAGCUGCUAAAGGACCCACUUAAGUAAUCUCAUUUACUGAUAGCAUUUGUUAGAUGUUAAAAGAUAUUAAAUUUGUAAAACAAUUAAUUCUACAUUUUAGAUCUAAAUAUUUUUAUCAUUCACAUUAUUUUAUGGCUCCUACAAAGGAUAUGGUGUAGCUCUAGUAUACAUUUUGAAACCUUAUGGAUAUGGUAAAUCUGAUAUUGCAAUACUUUCGGUUAUGCCUGUAAUUGGAGGAUUUCUUAGUUCCUUAAUUAUUCCUACAAUAUAUAAAAGUUGGGGAAGAUACAAACCUAUUAUUAUUAUUUUAGAAUUUUGCACUAUAUUUACAUUUUAUGGAUUCCUUUGGGGAUGUUAUUUACAAAAUUAUGUGAUGAUGCUUGCAAUGGCAACUUUGUAAGGAUUUUUCAUUUUGCCUGCAAUACCAUUAUUAUUGGAAUGGGGUUGUGAAUAGAUCUAUCCAUUAAAUGAUUCCUUUUGCAUUGGAUUACAAUAUUCAGGUGCCACUAUGGGAAGUUCUUUUAUUGCUCAAAUAGUUAGUAUGGUUAUUCAUGGUAAGGAUGCAACCAAGUACUAUUAUACAUUAAUAAUUUUAGAUUUGAUGGAUUUAUGGGAAUCACAAUUAUCUGUUCUUUAUAUACUUUGGCUAUUUUAAGCAUAUUAUUUCUUAAAGAAGUUAAACAUAAAUUAGCAUUAAAAAAAUCAUUUGUUUCUCCUUCUGAUUAAAUUGAUUAAAGUUUUCCACAUCCAUAUACUGAAGUAAAUCCUCAUGAUUUGGGUCUUUUUGAUCCUGAUAAAGUUUAGGAUGAAGAUGAUGAUACAGGAGGAGAUGAUAAUUUAAUAGAUGAUGAGAAAAAUGAUCAUAAUUAAAAUAAUAAUAAUUCAAAUCAUAGAUCAUAUUAAGGAGGAAACUCAUUUGGAGGAGGAACAGGAGGUGGAAAUGAUGAUUGAU